UGUGGGUAGAAGCAGUACUCAGAAGGUAACUGGGUGCCAGGACGGUUGCCUGUGGGUAGAAGCAGUACUCAGGAGGUAACCGGGUGCCAGGACGGUUUAGCUAGGAUAGUGGUGCUAAGUUUACUAUGGCAGGCGUGGAUUCUCUGAAGGAGUGAAGCCCAAGUCCAGUUAGAGAGCCGCCUGGUGCUAUCCUCAGAACAGUUAUAUCACUAUCACUGUCGCACAGGUGGACACACCUUGCUUGGCAGGUUGGUUUUGUGUGCUGCAGAGGUCUGGGGAAGACAUUCUGUGCCUGUCAUUCCUCUCCCAGCAUCCCGCUUAGUGCCCAGAGCAUCAUGAAAGUCAGCCAGCAAGGAGGAAGCUUUUCAGCUCAGUGCCAGUUUGAUUUCUUUCUGUAUUGUAACCGGUGUGUGGGGCGUCUUCAGUAAUCACAGCCAGUCCUGGAGGGCAGCCACGAAGAGCAGAAGUGCCUGUUAGGUCUCUCUGACCUAUGUAUGGCUGAUGCGGAGGUCAUUCUCUCCUGCUCUGCAGUUAGGGCUUAGUAACCAUCAGCUUUCAGAAGCAUCGUCUACUGUAGGAUCUCUUCCUUCUUGUUUUCAUCAUUGUCUUAACUUCCACAUGACCUUGCUGUAGCACUGCUGUGUACGUGGACAGAGGACUCUAUAUCCUGCUCCGGGAGAUGCUUGUACAGUCAUGUUCAUUGUCAUUCUUAAUUUGUAAUAGCCAGGAAAUAAAAACAGCCUACAUGUCCAGCUGGUGAGUAGAUAUUAAAAAUGUGUAUACAUAAAGGACUUCCAUUCAGCUGUGAAAAAAAACCAAAAUGAUGAAAUUUGCAGGCUAAUGGAUGAAAUUAGAUAAAAAUACUGAAUUAGCUGAUAGUUUGAGCUGGGACAGUGAACACCGUGUCCCUCUCUCCCAUAGGUGUUAGCUUCACGCAUGUCCUUAGCUUGCUGUGUCUUAACUUGCAGAGCUUGAAGAAGGAAGGAAAGGGCCACCAGGGAGCUGCUGUUGAGGAUGGAGGAAAUGGUAGCACAGAUAACCAACAGGAAGACUCUGGGUCUGCCAGGAAAUUCCAGGGAGGACUGACUGAGGUGAGAAGACCCUGUCACCAUCGUAGAGUAGGUGGCACUUUGAGAAGUCCAAAGAAGGAGCAGCUUUUCUUCCCUGCUUGCUUGCCUUCUUGCCGGUGAGUGCAUCUGUCUUGUCACCGCCGUCAUCCUUCCCUGACGCUGGAGUCAGCUUCUUGGGCCUUCCGGUGUGGACUGAAGACCACUGAAGAAGCUGUCCCGGUGUCCUCUUCAUCAUGGAGACAGCCAUUGUUGGACUCUCCAGACCUGAUGAGGGUUUGGUGAGCUUUGAGGAUCUGGUGGUGCACUUCACCCAGGAUGAGUGGGCUUUGCUGGAUCCUUCUCAGAAGACGCUCUAUGGCGAUGUGAUGCUGGAGACCUUCAGGAACUUCACUGCCAUAGGAUAUGAAUGGGAAGAUGAGACAAUUGAAGACCAUUGUGAAGAUCCUGAAAUAAAUAUAAGGAACAUCGUCACUCACUCUGAAUACACACAGUAUGAACAUGAGGAAUAUGAAGAGAAGCCACCUGAUUCUAAUUUUCUCACAAGUGUUGAAGGCCUCACGGAAGAAACUAAGACUUCGAGUGGACCCUCUGUGUGUGAGGUAUGUUUAAAGACCUUUGGACUGUACCACCUAACUUACAACGGACAUCACAACUAUGACUACAAGGAGCUCAGAGGAAGUCAGACUGAAGAAAAUGAUUCUGAAGGUAAUCAGUGUGAGAAAACUUCUGGUUCCCUUCACAAAGAAGAAAAAAUUCACACUGGAAAAAAGCUCUAUGUGUGUCAGGAGUGUGGGAAAGCCUUUAGGUAUCCCAGCGCCCUUCAGUUACAUGAAAGAAUCCACACUGGAGAAAAACCCUACGAGUGUAAAGACUGUGGGAAAGCCUUUAGAGGUCUUAGCGCCCUUCACUUACAUGAAAGAAUCCAUACUGGAGAAAAACCCUAUGAGUGUAAGCAGUGUGGGAGAGCCUUCACGUAUCUCAGUGCUCUUCAGUUGCAUGAAAGAAUUCAUACUGAGGAGAGACCCUGUGAGUGUAAACAGUGUGGGAAAACCUUUAGAUAUAGCAGGGCCCUCAAAUUACAUGAAAGAAUUCAUACCGGAGAGAAGCCCUAUGAAUGUAAACAAUGUGGGAAAUUUUUCAGAAGUCACAGGACCCUUAAGUUACAUAAAAGAAUUCAUACUGGAGAAAAACCCUAUGAGUGUAAAGAAUGUGGAAAAGCUUUUAGAUGGCUUACUUCUCUGAAGUUACAUGAAAAGAUUCAUACUGGAGAAAAACCCUAUGAAUGCCAAGAGUGUGGGAAAGCCUUCAGGUGUCAGGCUUCCUAUCAUAGACAUAAAAUUACUCAUGGUGGAGAAACAUUGUAUGAAUGUAAGGAGUGUGGUAAGUCCUUCAUUUAUCCCUCUUUACUUCAAGUGCAUGAACGAACUCACACUGGUGAAAAGCCCUUUGAGUGUAAGCUCUGUGGUAAAGCCUUUAGGUGUCAGUCCUCGCUUCGAUUGCACGAGAGGACACACACGGGAGAAAAACCCUAUGAGUGCAAGCACUGUGGCAAAGCCUUUUCGAGUUACAAUUACCUUCGAUUUCAUGAACGAAGCCACACGGGAGAGAAACCCUAUGAAUGUAAGGAGUGUGGUAAAACUUUCACACAUCGCUCUUACCUUCGAUCACAUGAAAGAAGACAUACUGGGGAGAAGCCGUACCAGUGCGUACAGUGUGGCAGAUCCUUCAGCCGGCAUAGUUCCUUUAAGAGACAUCAGUCUGUUCAUGGAGAAAGCCCAUAUGAACAGUAUCUAAUUCCAUUAUCCCCAUUUCCUUCAAAGGAAUGAAAGAACAGAUUGGUAACAAACCCUUUGAAUGUAAACAAUGUAGCAAAUUACCCCAUCCACAUAAAACACACAAACUCAAGGGGGAACCUUUUAUAUGUAAACAGUGUGGCAUAGCCUUUAGGGGGUCACAGUGUCCUUCAAAGACAGAAUUCUUGCUGGGCAAAGUUUAUGUUUGUUACCAAUGUGGUAAGUGUCCAUUGUCACAUUUCCUUUCAAAGAAGUAAUUUAAUUCAUGCUGGGCAAAUGCCCUAUGAAUGUAUAAGAUAUGGUUAAUCUUUCAUUUAUCUCUAUUUGCCUUAAAAUCAUGAAAGAACUCAUAGUGGUGAAAAACCCCCACAUGAAUAUAAACAAUGUGGAAAGCCUUCAGGUGUCACAGGUCCUUUCACUAGCAUGGAUGAAAUGUCAUGUUGGAGAGAAAAUGGGAAUGUAAAGUAUGUUAAGACCUUGAGAUAGCAUUGUCCCCAAGUUCUGAGAAUGAAUUCCAACUGGAAAAAUUUCCAAAAGGAAACAGCUGUGAAGCCUUCGUGGUCCCAGUUGUUUAAGAUGCUCAUAGUGUUGGAAGGUGGGCGGUUCUGUCAGUGUAAGGAGCAUGGGAAUUUAAUGGUUGCUACGAGAUGGACAUUUCCUUUUGCACUGGCUUCCCAUGACUUGCCUGUACUCUUGUAAAUACCCCAAAUUAAACUCCACUGUUCCUCAAGCCACACUCGGGUAGAAUCAUUCUUGGUCCCUGUCAUUGAUACACGGUCUGGGAAGAACAGACCUUCGUAAAUGUCUUGAGGGUUUUAAAGUUGUGCUGUCUCCAUCCGUGUGAACCAUCCAGCAGGGGUGAAGGCUGGACCCUGACUCGCUGUGCUGCUUUCUGGUUUGCAUGGGUGCUUCAGCUGUCAACUUGACAGUCUGGUGUCCCCUGGGAAAGGAGCCUCAAUACUGACCCGAGUUCGGCUCGCCUUUACACAGCCAUGAGGGGUUUUCUUACUAGGAUUAAUUGAGGUAGGAAGGCCCAUCCUGAAUGCUGUCAGUACUGUUUUAUGGACUGAAUGUAGGACAGAAGUAGCUGAGCACAGAAAUUCCUUGCUGUCUGCCUUGGGACUUCUGUCUACUGUGGUGUCAAGCUCCUGCCACAGAGACUGGCCCACAGUAAUGGAUUGUAACCUGAAACUAUGAGCUGAAAUAAACCCUUU